AUGGACAAAAGGAAUCGAUGUUUUUCCGACAGUCAGUCUUCAGGUAAGAUCUCAGUUUAUCUUAAACAGAAUAAAGGCAGUUGUUUUUACGUGUAUUUAUUGAUUUAUUUACCAUCUUCAACAGUCAAGUAUAACGGCUUGGUAAACCAGGGAGCGACUUGUUACCUGAACAGUGUGCUGCAGGUGCUUUUUAUGACUGAGGACUUCAGGGAGGCCGUGGAAAGGUUUGUUAUAAAGUCUGACUUCAUUUCAGCUCUUAUGGAUUUUUGUAUGACCACUGUUUCCUUACUUUGUUUAGGUAUUCUGGGACUGAGGAUAUCGAUCUUCAGCUUAAAACUUUGUUUGAUGAGUUGAAAAAUCAAACUGCCAACACCGUUCAGAUCACAGACAAGCUGGGCAUCAAAAAAGGUACAUGUUAGCACACAGAGUGUGAUGAGUUUACAUUGAAGAUUCAUUGAGAAGACUCUUGAAAUAACGUCAGACUGUAUUUAAAGAAACAUAAGUGCCAUUUAACAGUAAUAUUAGCAUGACAUAAAGAUCAUAUAUGAAAUAAUCUCUGCAGUAAUACAAUGUGAGAUUUUUGAGUUGAUGUUACUCUUUAUAUGGUAAUUCAACACAAGACGAAAAUAAAAAUAAUAAUUGAAAAGGUCGAGAAAAAUAUUAAAGAAAACAUACUUACACACCGACUCAGGGCUGACAUGGGCCAUGAUAACAGGUGACAUUGUUAUAUAUAACAGUGUGUCAUCUGCAAAAUUAUGGUAACUUACUUUGUUGUUUUCUUUAAUAUGUGAGAGUGUGUAUAGGAAAACAGAGGAGGCCCCAGAAUGGAGCCUUGGGGUACCCCGCAUGUAAUUUAAACACACUAUAAAUUUCUCUUCCCUCUCUCAGUGUAUAAACAGAGAGAUGCUGCCGAGUACUAUGAGAAGAUUUUAAAUCUGACCAGUGAUGAGGCAUCACAGGUAAAGUAGUUAUGAAGUUAAAGAUGCAAAUUUAGUCUCAAAUACCUGUUAACCUUUAUCUUUUUUGUCUUUGUCAGAUCUUUCAUGGAGAGCUCACUCACAGGAAGACGUGUUUAAACUGUGAAACACAAACUGAUGCAAAUGAGCGAUUUUGGCAUCUUCCUCUGACUCUGGUGAACUCCUCCAGUGAAUAUAAAGUGGUAUGAAUAUGAAAACCUGCACAUUUUAAAAUCAUUUUUAACAUCUAAGGUAUGAAAUCUGUAAUAUUUCUGAUCUUUGUUUUAUUAGAAGGAUGGCGUUGAUGACUAUUUCAGAGCUACAUCGUUCAGCACUGAAAACCAGAUAUAUUUUGAUGAAUGUGAUGACAAACAUGAUGCCACUAUUGUGAGUAAUGCCUGAAAAUGUUUCUAAUUUGUGUGCUAUAACUCUGCCAUGGAAUCCUGGGAUUUCUACACUGCAUGUGUGCUUGUUGGAAGUUUUAUGCUGACACUGCUACCAUGUAAUUUUUUUUAGCAAUGUGUUGUAAAGAAUUAUCCAGAGGUUCUGAUGCUGCAACUGAAGAGAUUUGAGUUUAACUACAACUUCAAGACUUACACCAAAAUGAACCACAAUGUCAGUGUCCCCCACAAACUAGAGAUACCAGAGGUAUGAAAACACUCAGAUUUGGAUAAUUUUUAAAAUACAAAUUUCUCUAUUGGUUCAAUAAUUUGAUGUGUCAUUGUUUCCACUGGUGACCAGAAUCAGCUGUAUGAACUGUAUGCAGUUGUGGAUCAUGUUGGAGAUCUUAGUUCUGGACAUUACACAUCAACUAUCAAGUCCAGUGAGGAUGACAAAUGGUACAAGUUUGAUGAUGGCCAGGUCACACUGGUGAGUCUUUAACCUGGGUGUUAAUUAAAGCUAAUAAUGACAAUACAGAAUAUAUCCGUCGCACCUGAUUCAUCUGAUGUUUGAUUAUUAUUUAUAUUUACAGCAUCAUUACCAGCCAUUCCAGACAGAAAACUCUGAGAGGUAAGUCUAAGUUAUUGAGUUGUUGCAUGUAUGAGGUUGUCAACAUGUACAGUUCUGUGAAAAAGUAUUUGCCCCCUUACGGAUUACCUCUAUUUUUUGCACAUUUUCCAGACUUAAAUGUUCCAGAUCAUCAAACAAAUUCUAAUAUCAAACAAAGAUAACCCAAGUAAAUACAAAAUGCGGUUUUUAAAUGAUUAUUUUAUUUAUUAAGGGAAAAUGCCAUCCAAAUAAACCUGGCCCUGUGUGAAAAAGUAAUUGCCCCCCUUGUCAAAUUGUGAAUGAACUGUGAUUAACCACAUUUACUACCAGACUUGUAAAAUCAAGAAAUCACUUAAAUAGAACCUGUCUGACAACACGAAGAUGGCUAAAAGAUCUCAAAAAGCAACAAAUCAUGCCGCGAUCUAAGGAAAUCAGUGAGCAGAUGAGAAAGAUAGUAACUGACAUCCAUCAGUCUGGAAAGGGUUACAAAGCCAUUUCUAAGGCUCUGGGACUCCAACGAACCACUGUGAGAGCCAUUAUACACAAAUGGAGAAAGCAUGGAACAGUGGUGAACUUUUCUAGGGGUGGGCGGCCAACCAAAAUUACUUCAAGAGCCCAUCGACGACUCAUCCAGGAGGUUACAAAAGAUCCUAGAAUAACAUCUGAAGAACUGCAGGCCUCACUUGCCUCAGUUAAGGUCAGUGUUCAUGAUUUGACCAUAAGAAAGAGACUGGGCAAAAGUGGCAUCCAUGGUAGAGUUCCAAGGCGAAAACCACUGCUGUCCAAAAAGAACAUAAAGGCUCGUCUCACAUUUUCCAAAAAAACACCUGGAUGAUCCCCAAGACUUCUGGGAAAAUAUUCUGUGGACUGAUGAGACAAAAGUGGAAAUUUUGGAAGGUGUGUGUCUCGUGACAUCUGGCGAAAAACUAACAAAGCAUUUGAUAAAAAGAACAUCAUACCAGCAGUCAAACACAGUGGUGGUAGUGUGAUGGUCUGGGGCUGCUUUGCUGCUUCAGCGCCUGGAAGACUUGUAAUAAUCGAUGGAACCAUGAAUUCUGCUCUCUAUCAAAGAAUCCUGUGGGCGAAUGUCCGGCCAUCAGUUCAUGACCUUAAGCUCAAGUGCACUUGGGUUAUACAGCAGGACAAUGAUCCGAAGCACACCAGCAAGUCCACCUCAGACUGGCUAAAAAAAAAACGAAAUUAAGUCCGGACCUAAAUCCAAUUGAGAUGCUGUGGCAUGAUCUUAAGUAGGCUGUUCAUGCUUGAAAACCUUCCAAUGUGGCUGAAUUAAAACAGUUCUGCAAAGAAGAGUGGGCCAAAAUUCCUCUUUAUUGUCCUUCAGGAGGCAAUUACUUUUUCAUAUUGGUGAUUUUGGUUUUCAAUGAUUUUUUACUUUCAAUAAAUGAAAUGAUCAUUUAAAAACCGUGUUUUAUGUCCACUCAUUGUCUUUCUCUUAAAUUAAAUUUUAUUGGAUGAUCUGAAACAUGCAAGUGUGACAAAAAAGCAAAAAUAGAAGGAAUCCAAUAGGGGGCAAAUACUUUUUCACAGCACUGUAUGAUUGACUCACUUUUGGAGCCAGCCUCAAGUGAUCUUGCUUUUGGUUCCUCAUUUUCCUCCAAAGGUUGUUACAGAUUUAAAUAAUUUUGAAAUUAUAGAUACCCUCAUUUAAAUGGGAUUGGAUGUUCUUGUCCAGAUUUGCUCUGUCUCAAUGAAAGAAGCUCUUGUUUUGAAUAAACUCUUCUCCCAGUAGAAAUAUCCAUCAGUAGUUGACAAAAUAUGAUAAAAAAUAUUAAAAAAUACAGUCAAAAUUGCAAAAAAAUCUGAGAGACCAGACUGCUACCACUUGAGCACAGGAUCUAGAAAAUAACCCUGAGCUUUUGCUCAAAAUCACCCCACUUUCUCUUACCCCACUUUCUGCUGCAGAUCCAACAGCGCUUAUCUUCUCUUCUACAGGAAAAUCAAAGGUAGGACAGUGACAUUUUAUGAUGCUAAUUUGUCUUUUGUAAUGACUAUUAUAUGAAUUCAUUUUACAACCACCUACUUCCCAAUGCCUGCUGCAGAAACCUGUACUCCUGAAGACAUCAGGGAAGAGUUCGCGCCUGGAGACCAUUCAUCUUCAACCGGAGAUGUUACUGACCAGCAUCAAGACACUGUUAUGGUGGAGGAGAAAGAAGGAGCAGAAGAAAGUAAGGCAUUUGAAAUGGUUGGUUAUGCUGAAGAUGAAGACAGAGUUGGUGUGAGGUUUGUAAGAGAGGCGCUACCACCUGAGCCUGCUACAAUGUAGACCGGGACCAGGAAAAUUAAGUGAUGGUAAAGGGUAAAAAGAAAGAUAAGGAUGGACAGAUGGACAGAGAUAAACUGAGAGACAGGAAAAGAAAAGGACGCCAUCAGAAAUGUGAUGGUUUAGAUGUUGGAAAGAGAGUGAGAAGAGAUCCAGAUGUUAGAUGGGAAGAUGGAAAAGGUACCAGUUCUUCUAGAGGUGAGGAAAGGAUAAUAAGAGAUUUUAAGGUUUAUCCAGAAGUGAAGACAGGAGCAAAUGAACAGAAAACAAAGAGCAAGAACCAUGUGACAACAACACAUCCUGGGGAUGAUAAGAUUUGUGACGGUAUUAAGGUUUGACAAGAGUAAGCGCUCUGUGCUGCAAAGAAUAAAGGCAGUUUUUUUUUCUUACAUGUAUGUAUUGAUUUAUUUACAAUCUUCUACAGUCAAGUAUAAAGGCUUGGUAAACCAGGGAGCGACUUGUUACCUGAACAGUGUGCUGCAGGUGCUUUUUAUGACUGAGGACUUCAGGGAGGCCGUGGAAAGGUUUGUGACAAAGUCUGACUUCAGUUCAGCUCUUGUGGAUUUUUGUAUGACCACUGUUUCCUUACUUUGUUUAGGUAUCCUGGGACUGAGGAUAUCGAUGUUCAGCUUAAAACUUUGUUUGAUGAGUUGAAAAAUAAAAAUGCCAACACUGUUCAGAUCACAGACAAGCUGCGCAUCAAAAAAGGUACAAUGUUAGCACACAGAGUGUGAUGAGUUUACAUUGAAGAUUUAUUGAGAAGACUCUUGAAAUAACGUCAGACUGUAUUUAAAGAAAGAUAAGUGCCAUUUAACAGUAAUAUUAGCAUGACAUAUAGAUCAUAUAUGAAAUAAUCUCUGCAAUAAUACAGUGUGAGAUUUUUGAGUUGAUGUUACUCGUUUUAUGGUAAUUCAACACAAGACGAAAAUAAAAAUAAUAAUUGAAAAGGUCGUGAAAAAUAUUAAAAAUAAAGAUACUUACACACCGACUCAGGGCCAACAUGGGCCAUGAUAACAGGUGACAUUGUUAUAUAUAACAGUGUGUCAUCUGCAAAAUUAUGGUAACUUACUUUGUUGUUUUCUUUAAUAUGUGAGAGCGUGUAUAGGAAAACAGAGGAGGCCCCAGAAUGGAGCCUUGGGGUACCCCACAUGUAAUUUAAAGUUACUAUAAAUUUCUUUUCCCUCCCUUAGUGAAUGAACAGAGAGAUGCUGCCGAGUACUAUGAGAAGAUUUUAAAUCUGACCAGUGAUGAGGCAUCACAGGUAAAGUAAUUAUGAAGGUAAAGAUGCAAAUUUAGUCUCAAAUACCUGUUAACCUUUAUCUUUUUUUUCUUUGUCAGAUCUUUCAUGGAGAGCUGACUUACAGAACGACAUGUUUAAACUGUGAAACACAAACUGAUGCAAAUGAGCGAUUUUGGCAUCUUCCUCUGACUCUGGUGAACUCCUCCAGUGAAUAUAAAAUGGUAUGAAUAUGAAAACCUGCACAUUUUUAAAGCAUUUUUAACAUCUAAGGUAUGAAAUCUGUAAUAUUUCUGAUCUUUGUUUUAUUAGCUGGAUGGCGUUGACGACUAUUUCAGAGCUAAGUUGUUCAAUGAUGAAAACCAGAUGUAUUGUGAUGAAUGUGAUGACAAACAUGAUGCCACUAUCGUGAGUAAUGCCUGAAAAUGUUUCUAAUCUGUGUGCUUUAACUCUGCCGUGGAAUUCUGGGAUUUCUACACUGCAUGUGGGCUUGUUGAUAGUUUUACACUGACUCUGCUACCAUGUAAUAUCAUUGUUUUUUUUAGCAAUGUGUUGUGAAGCAUCAUCCAGAGGUUCUGAUGCUGCUGCUGAAGAGAUUUGAGUUUGACUACAACUUCAUGACUUACACCAAAAUCAACCACAAUGUCAGUGUCCCCCACAAACUAGAGAUACCAGAGGUAUGGAAACACUCAGAUUUGGAGGAUUUUUUUAAAUACAACUUUCUCUGUUGGUUCAAUAAUUUGAUGUGUCAUUGUUUCCAUUGAUGACCAGAAUCAGCUGUAUGAACUGUAUGCAGUUGUGGAUCAUGUUGGAGAUCUCAGAUUUGGACAUUACAUAUCAACCAUCAAGUCCAGUGAGGAUGGCAGAUGGUACAAGUUCGAUGAUCGCUGGGUCACACUGGUGAGUCUUUAACCUGGGUGUUAAUUACAGUUAAUUAUGACAAUACAGAAAAUAUUCAUCACAUCUGACUUGUAUAUGUGAUGUUUGAUCUACAGCUUGAUUACCAGCCAUUCCAGACAGAAAACUCUGAGAGGUAAGUCUAAGUUAUUGAGUUGCUGCAUGUAUGAGGUUGUAAACAUGCAUGAUUGACUCACUUUAAAACUACUGUAAUGUUUUAAAAGCAUCAAAGCUUAUGUUUGUAAGCUUUGACUUCAACUCUUGGAGUAGAUAUAGAUUAGGUGUGUUGAAGGCUGAGGGACAUGAAGAGAGCAGGAAAAUUAGGGUCUCUCAGAGAACAGUGGGAAUGAUGAAGAGGACAGAAGAAGGUGUUAAUCCAGGUCUGUGGUUGUCAAUCAACACAGAGACACAAGAAAGUAGAGAUGAAGAAAAAGAUCAGUCAUUGGCACCAUAAUGACUGAUGGAAUAAAGGGCUUAUUUCUCCAAGCCUUCACAAAAACACCUCCAGAUGUCCGCUGGAAUGGGAUGUUGUCGUCCAGAUUUGCUGUGUCUCGAUGAAAGAAGCUCUUGUCUUGAAUAAACUCUUCUUUCAGUAGAAAUAUCCAUCAGUAGUUGACAAAAUAUGAUAAAAAAUAUUUUAAAAAAUAAAGUAAAGAAGGCAGAAAAUUCAGAGACCAUUGAACUUUACUCAAAAUCACCCCACUUUCUUUUAUUUCCCUGCAGAUCCAACAGCGCUUAUCUUCUCUUCUACAGGAAAAUCAAAGGUAGGACAGUGACAUUUUAUGAUACUAAUUUGUUUUUUGUAAUGACUAUUAUGUGAAUUCAUUUUACAACCACCUACUUCCCAAUGCCUGCUGCAGAAACUUGUACUCCUGAAGACAUCAGGGAAGAGUUCACGCCUGGAGACCAUUCAUCUUCAACCAGAGAUCUUACUGACCAGCAUCAAGAUGUUGUUAUUAUUAUGGAGGAGGAAGGAGCAGAAGAAAGUAAGGACAUUGAAAUGAUUGGUUCUGCCAAGGAUGAAGACAGAGUUGGUGUGAACUCUGUAAGAGAGGGGCAACCACCUGAGUGUUGCUACAGUGUAGAAGACCAGGAAAAUGAAGUGUUUACUCACGUGAGAAAAGAGGACAAAACAGUCCCAGGGAGUGAGGGGGUAAGUGAGGGGAGUGCAGAGGCAGAUCACCAGGCAGAAAAGAAAGAAACCUUAUCUGGAGGAAGUCUGAGUGAGGAUGGUGACGAGAAUCAGGACAACAGAAGAAAAGAAAUGAAUGAUUCUGAGCAGGAAAGACAACAGGAACACACCUGGACUUUAGAGUAUGAACAGAAAUUUAACAACAUGAGACAAGACUGUUCUGGAGAGUUGUGCAUGGAAGCACAGAUAGAAAGGAAAGGAGAAGGACACCGUCAGAACGAUGACGGUUUAGAUGUUGGAAAGGGCGUAAGAGAAGAUCCAGAUGAUAGAUGGAGAGGUGAACAAGGCACCAGUUCUUCUAGAGGUGAGGAAAAGAUAGAAAGAGAUUUCAAGGUUUAUCCAGAAGUGGAGACAGGAGCAAAUGAACAGCAAACACAGAGCAAGAAGCAUGUGACAAGAACAGAUCCUGGCGAUGGUAUGAACCGUGGCGAUUUAAGGGUUGGCGAGAGCAGGCAGAGUGAGGGAAAAGAUGAUCAGACAUAUAAACAAAAGAGCAGCUGUAGUCACGGCAUGAAUGAUCAACAGAAAGAAAUGAAGAUGGAUGAUCAGAGAGCAGAGAACAGAAAAGAUUAUCCAUCUUUACACAGAGAAUUGUCUUCAACAAAGCCUGGAGAAGAAACAGUCAAGAGACGCUCAGAUGAUACUGAUCAUGAGAGAACAGACACCAGGUCAAAACCUGUUCAGGCAGCUGGAGAGCAGGAAGAGACGUAUUUUUAA